AUGGAGGAUUAUGAAAAUUAUAGACAUUUAGCUGGCGAUCAGGCUGAAAAAAGAGGUCUUUUUUUUCAAAAGGCCCAGCACGCCUAUGCCUCUGGGCAAAAGGCAGAAGCUCACGAGCUAAGCCAGAAGGGGAAAGAAUGUGGAAACAAAAUGGAAGAAUAUAAUCGUAAAGCUGCCUACGCCAUUUAUAAGUACAAGAAUUCUCAAUGCCAACCAGAUGAAAUUGAUUUGCAUGGUCUCUACGUGGACGAAGCUGUACAAGCCGUUCGGCAAAGAAUUCAUAACUCUAUUCAGAGAGGAGAAGACCAUUUGCAUGUAAUUGUUGGCCAAGGCCAUCAUAGCGUGAAUCAUGUAGAAAAGUUGAAGCCAGCUGUAAUGCAAAUGCUCGAUCAAAACAAUUUCCGUUAUUCUCACGAACCGAAUGAAGGAAGAAUUUAUAUCUCUCUUCCCCAUUCCGGGGACGCUCCACAUCCUCCUCAACCUGCAUACGCAUCUGCCUACCAGCAUCAUCAACAACAAAUGCCACAGCAACAGCCCGCCGCUGUUCAAGGUAUCGACCCCCAGACAGAGAAAGUUGUUGAGGAAGUGGUUGCUUGCUGUUUUCCUCGCCUUAAGAAUCUCUGCGUGAUCAUGUAA